AUGGAAAUAAUCAUUCACACUUUCGAGAGAUUCUUUGGUCCAGUCGAUUGGAAGCGUCUUAAGACUGAUGUCCUUUGUUAGUCCUUGGUAGAAGAGGGAUUCAGUCCAAAGGAAGCAAAAGAGUUAUCUUGGUUGUAUGGCCAUAGAAAUAUUGGAAGAAACUUUGGAUUUAUGUUGGGAGUGGGAGUUGCUUAUUGUUGCAAUGGUUGGAUUACCAGAUGGACCUACAACAUUCCUUACCUGAGACUCCAUCGCUCUUCAUUGUGGGUGUCCAGAGCAUUGGUAGUGUUCGGUAGUCUCCAAUUGUUUGAUUACUACUCGACUGCAAGAAGAAAGGGAGGUGAUUCAGGUUUGGGUCAUGAUUUGAUGUGGGUGAAUACCAGAUACACAGAAUCUAAAGAAAGAUUUAUUAGAAAUUUCGAAGUUUUGAACAGAAAAUUGUCAGACAUAGAGAAGGAGAUCUUGACAGCAAGACAAAUUCAGUUGAAUUCUCCAAUAAAGGAUAGAAGAUGGGUGUACAAUCCUUACAUUCAUGGUUCCGAUGAGGAGGCCUUUUGGAGCAAUGUGAGAAGAAACUUCUUGGAUAAAUUGCCUCCAUGGGAGAGAUACGAUGUUCAAUAAUAGAUCGCUGCUGAUAACAAAGAAAAGAUUGCUGAAGGUGAGUAAAUCAGAUUGAAGCCUUACAAAUUAACAGACGAUGUUGAUACUUCAGGUGUUAAAUUUGGAUUCAGAAGAAACCCAUUUGUUAACAAUUGGACUCCACUUUAGUGAGUAAUUCCAUUUAAUCACAAUAAAAAUAAUAUUUAUAAUAGAUUGUA